UUUCGCUGGGUAUAUUUUGCCAAAAACCCGUUAAACCUCUUAAAAACCCAAAGACUCCCCCUCAUUUUCACUCCUUCAGUUCUCUUCCAACCCCAAACCUCCCAACAAGCAAAUGAUGUCGUUCUCUCGCAUUCUCUACCGCUCUUUCUCUUCUUUCCCUCAACCGAAUUCCACAACUAGCAUCAAAUCUAUUGCCAACGAUCUCUACAAAGAACGCAGCCUUGAAUGCCUUGUACAGAAGUUCAAGAAGUACUCCGAGCUUAAAAGGUUCCGCACCCGAGCUGGAAUAUAUGAAGACACAGUCCGCAAGCACGCUAAGGCAAAAUGCUUCAGAUGGAUUGAAGAGAUCCUUGAAGACCAAAAGAAGUAUGAGGAUAUCUCCAAAGAAGGCUUCUCGAUCCGACUCAUGUCUUUAUAUGGAAAAGCAGGCAUGUUUGAGCAUGCCCAUAAAGUGUUCGAUGAAAUGUCUGACAGGAAUUGCAGGUGCACAGUCUUAUCCCUCAAUGCGCUUUUGGGGGCUUGUGUAAACUCGAAGAAGUUUGUUUUUGUUGAAGGGCUUUUUAAGGCGUUACCUAAGAAGUUGUCUAUUGAACCGGAUUUGAUUUCGUACAAUACAGUUAUUAAGGCAUUUUGUCUGAUGGGUUCCUUUGAUUCAGCUGUUUUGUUGCUUGAUGAGAUGGAAAAGAAGGGUUUGGAGCCAGAUUUGUUUACAUUCAAUACCCUUUUGAAUGGAUUAAAUGCGAAGGGUCAGGUCUCGGAUGGUGAAAAGAUAUGGGAGCUAAUGCAGAAGAAGAAUGUUGUCCCUGACAUCAGGAGUUACAAUGCAAAGUUGCUUGGAUUGGCGUUGGACAAGAAAACCAAAGAGGCGAUGGAGUUGGUUGAAGAAAUGAAGACUAGGGGAGUCAAACCAAAUGCAUUUAGUUUCAAUGCUCUGAUUAAAGGAUAUGUUAUUGAGGGGAACUUGGAGGAAGCCAAGUGGUGGUUCGAUCACAUGGGGGAGGGCGAGAGUGCCCCUGGUAAAAAGACAUUCGAGAUAGUUGUCCCCUUCGUUUGUGAGAAGGGUGAGUUGGAGCUUGCCUUUGAUCUGUGCAAGGAAAUUUUCAAGAGGAAGUUCCUUGUUGAUGUUUCGUUAUUGCAGCUUGUGGUGAAUACACUGGUUAAGGAGUCUAAAAUGGAGGAAGCAAAGAAGCUUGUGCAGCUUGGGAAGAGAUAUAGUUAUUGCCGAUAUGAUCUGAAAUUGCCGUAGUGCUAUGGUUUCCUGUCAUUAUUUCGUUGCAAAGAUCUUUGGUGGA